AUGUCGCUUCAAAUACGAUCAGGGGGACCGUAUCCCUCCAAGGAAGCUGGGCUUGGCGGCCUGCCGACGACAGUUCCCGACAUCCCAGUCUGCGGUGUUUUCAUGUUCCUCUAUCUCUGCUUCGCCGCGACGAACAUGACCAUCUUUCAGCGGAAUCGUCGGCGAGGAAAGAAGUUCGUCAUGUCGGCGGUGCUAUUCGGUUUCUGCAUGGCCCGGACAACGACACUGGUACUGCGCAUUGCUUGGGCGACUCGCCCAACCAAUGUUAAAAUCGCCAUCGCUGCGCAGAUCAUGGUUAAUGCGGGCGUAUUGAUCGUCUACAUUAUCAACUUCAUCUGUGCUCAACGCAUUCUGCGAGCAAGGCAGCCCAAAAUCGGCUGGAAUCCUGUUCUGCGAAUUGGCAGUAAGGUCUUAUAUGGUUCGAUCGCAGGUGCGCUGAUCAUGGUGAUUACCGCGAUGGUUGUCUCUCUAUACUCCCUCAACCCCCACACUCAGGCCCAGUGUCGGGACGUCGAGCUCGCUGCGCUUACCUACCUGCUUACCUUCACCUGCCUACCGAUCGUCCAGAUCGCCAUAGCGCUUUUACCACCUCGCUCCAAGGAGCAGGAGACGUUCGGUGAGGGUAGUGCAAGAAGUCAGGUGAUCAUUAUAACCCUGUCUUCAUGUCUGUGUAUGCUCAUCGCCGGGUUCAAAGCCGGUGCGAUGUGGAGCCCUCAGCGUCCAAUGACCAACCCAGCCUGGUACGACUCCAAGGCUUGCUUCUUCGUCUUCAACUUCACGCUUGAAAUCGUCAUUCUCUUCCUCUUGACCCUUACCCGGCUCGACAAGCGGUUCUGGAUUCCCAAUGGUUCCAAUCAGCCAGGUGAUUAUACGCGACUGCAAGAACCAAUUCCGUUCGAGUCCGAGAUGGAACCGGCGCAUUUUGGUCCUGAUAUUACCAAGGAAGCCAACUACUUUCCGCGGAUCUAA